AUGUCGCAGUGGUCUAGAAGAAAAGUUGGGGGGCUUCCCGUCCGAAAUCUUUCUCUUCCCAUCUUUUUUGGCGGGAUCUCGGAGGAAAACCAGACAUCUGAAAUUAAAGAGGCUCUUAAAAAUACAAGGUACUGCAGCUUGACAAAAACACGGACCAUUAAUCUCAGCUGCUUGGCCAUUAAAAAUCUCCCUAUCAACUCGCUGCUGGCUUCUAUCAGAGAAGAGUCUUUCACACUGAACGAGCGAGUGGACUAUGAAAUGGUUUUUACAGAAACAAAGAUAGUGCUGAACCUUGAAGGAAACCUGCUGGAGACCAUUCCCGUUGAGCUCUUCUCUGCUUUGAACAUUCAAGUUAUACUUCUUCGGUCAAAUAAACUGCAAACAAUCUCAUCAAAGAUUGCAGAUCUAAAGAGCCUGCAAACUCUAACGCUCUCAAACAACCCCAUCCGAUAUCUUCCCGUAGAAAUACUCUCGCUUCCCAUUACACUCUUCACAAUAUCCGAAAGACACUUUUUAACAGACGAAGAAAUGGACAAUAUGAACUCCCAAGUGGUGUUCAAAGAAACCACACUGAAUGAGCUGUGUUUAAAGAAUGUUAUGAUGGAUGACAUUCUGAGCAUUAGAGGCACAGCUAUUAACAAGCCACAAGGAGAGUGCUACGGAUGCCGCUCUCUCACCACAAGCACCAAUCUAGUUUUUAAAAAGAUCGAGUAUAAAGGCAUUUGCAUUCCAUUUGCCAUGCGAGUGUGCUCUGUGGAGUGUAAAGACAAGUGUCUUUCUCCAGGUGAAACGCCCAAUGUUGUAUGA